AUGGCAGGAGCUGCCACUUUCCAUGUGAGAAUUGACGCCAAAAACGUGAAGGGUCCGCGCGCAUGUACCAGCAAGAUUUUUUUAAACACAGGGCUUCAGACAGACAGCAUGCUCUUCUUCCUUUGUCUCCCUCUGCUGGCUCUGCUCCUACAUCCGGCUCUUUGUAUGUACAACUGCUCAUCUCAGUAUGAGAGGACCCCAGACAACACAGAUCUGAUGGUUGAUUGUGGAACCAGGAUGAUAACCCUGGAGGUCAAUUUGUGCACGGCUCAGUGGGCAGGCUUCAAUGCCACCCACCUGGCACUCAAUGGAAACCAUAAUAACACGGAGUGCCAAGGCUUGAUUGACACCAGUGUGGAUCCUCCAGUCAUCCGUUACCAGCUUCACGUUAACCACAGUCAUGAUAACCCCUGCCGUCAGUCCCUGCAGAUUGUUGAUGAAGAUCCAGACCCUACAGGCCCCUUCAGUAGCUUCUCAUCUGUUCAGUCAGUUAUCAUCACAGGGUAUAUCGACACACCCAGAUCUGACCAGGGGGUAAUCAGCUACUCCACAGACCUGUAUUAUCAUUUCUCCUGCCGCUACCCUCUAGAGUAUCUGAUUAACAACACACAGAUUGUCGCCUCCUCCGUCUCUGUGGCCACCAACAAUAAUAAUGGAACCUUCAUUGAUACACUCAAAAUGAGUGUAUUUAAUGAUUCUGACUACAGCUACCCAUUAGUAGUACCUUCGACAGGGCUUGAGCUCCGAACCAAGAUCUAUGUGGAGGUCAAGGCUGUGAACCUCACAGGAAAUUUCCAUGUGCUGCUUGACCACUGUUUUGGUACUCCCACUCCUUACAACAUGUCUCAGAGUGAGCAGCACAACUUCUUCAUUGGCUGCACAGUAAACCAAAAGACAACCGUGACAAGUAACGGCCUUUCCAGUGUUGCCAAGUUUAACUUUGAGGCCUUCCGCUUUGUUCAGCACCGAGACAAGGCAAAGUCCAGCAUCUACCUCCACUGCAUCAUGAGACUAUGUGAACCGAGCAAAUGUCAGACGCUGCUAUCUGCUUGUAAUUCCAGAAGAAAAAGGUCAUUGACUCCUUUUGGAGAACAAGGCGGUGACUCCGCCACCAUUUCCGUUGGUCCACUGUACACUGCUCGAGAAGACCUCCCGAAUCCAGCUGCUUACAGUAAUAGUGAGGAAUCAGAGAAAGAUGACAUCGAUGUGGCUGGCCUGGUGGUGGGCGUGGUUUUUGGAUCUGCUGCUGCUGUCCUGCUGGUUCUCGGUGGCUGGUUUGCCUUGAAGAAGUAUUAUUUCGUGGGGGGAUUGUCUCAUGCAUUUGACUGACGAGUACAUUGGUUUUUCCUCUUCACUUCUCACCAUAUAAUAAAUAGAGAUUUAUUUUAGGAUUGACAAAACUGAUUAUGUUGUAGUAUCUAAGUUAUAACCCACUUUUAUUGAAAAGUAACCAUACCAAACAAGCAAAUGCAUUGGGAUCCCGUGUAAUGUGUUCUGUCUAUAUAAUUUCAUUCAGUUGUAAUUUCUCUGAACCUACACAAUGAAAAUGAGAUAUUUUCUAUGUAUGCUAUCAAUCAGGCUUGCUUUUGCCAUAUCAUGUCUGUAAAUCUGCUUUCUACGUGUUUUUCCCAUAUGUAUGUAUUCUGUACAGUUUCUUCCACAUUGUGGGUGUCACACAUGAAUGUAUUUCUUAAAUAAACAAAUUAUUAUAAC